GUCCACCUUUCGCAACUCACCCCCCACCAUCUCCCGAGCUACCACCUCGAUCCACCCUCCUUUUUCCUCGUGCCUUCCCGAUACCGUCUUUGUCACUGAGCCCUCUCUGCAAAGUGACGGCGUUCUGCAGUACAUAGCAUAGUCAAUAAAACGAAGUUGCUUGCAGCCCGCUGCAUCUCCGACAGAAGCUCCAGAGCACAUCGUCGGUUCAUCUCCGCUGACCGCAACCACAUCAUCUACUUGCAUCCCCGACUAUACGGGGUACGAUAGAAACAACUGAAUUAUAUCGUGCCAUCUGAAAGAGUCGAGCCGGAAACCAAGCUCCAGCCCAUAUUACCCGCAAGAUGGCAACCGUAUACACGCAUAUGCAGCCGCAGGACGAGCUGGUGGCACUCUUUUCUCGCAACCUCACACUAGACCACUUGUCUCAACCAGCACCCACACCAGAAGCCGCCCCUGCCCCCGUUGAAGCGCCCAAGGAAGAGCACAAGAUCGUCUACAUCUCACAACAUUACAACCACUCGGCCCACCUCACCGCAAAACAAAAUGACCAACCAGUACGCCCAGCCUCCGAGCCGCCCCAGAGUGAGCAUGCCGUCGUAGAGCAAGUCCUUAGGGAGCACAACGUAAACACCUCGGGCCUCUCGUCCGCCCAGCUCCAGCUCUUCAGGACUGUCGACACGCCGCAGCAGCUCCGCUUGAUCGAGCUCUGGCGUGCCUGCCCACCCACCAACAGCACCGACAACCCGACCCUGACUUGGAGCAUGACAAGCGUCGACCAAGAAGAAGCUCUCGCCCGCCUGCGCUUCGAGCAGCAGCAACAAGAUCUGAUCGACCAACAACUGCAGCAAGAGUUCGGCAUGAUGCAGGACGAGCACGAGCCCGAGCCGGAGACGGUCAUGUCGCUCGACGGCACGCCCCUGACGCCCAUCCAAGCAGGCGACGGCCGGUGGAUCGCCACCUCGGACCGGGCGUCGUACCACUACAUGGAGCCCUACAUGGCGUCGGGAUACGAGGAGAUGGCCCGCCGUGAGUACGAAGAGUCCAUGAGCAGGGCGUAUACUGAGUCUGUGGCCCCGCCAUCAAAGGAGACCAAUUCGCUCGCGGCUGCUGCCCUCGCCAGCGCUGGGGGUACCCCGACUUUUAACCCCUCGCACGCCGACCCCGUGUACAAGAUGACGAACGUGGGCAACAGUGUGAGCUGGGGGAGCGAGGCCGCCAUGGCGGAUCAGUAUGGGCGGCUCAUGGCCAUGAGGGACGAUGAGGACAUGCUUUGAUGGAUUAUGCGUUGGGCAAAGGGGCGACCCUGGCCUUUGUUCGAAACGCAAAUGAAGAGACGGAUGUGUGGGGGGCAUUUUACCCCAAUUGAUCGGAUAGAUAUCACAACUUUUCCUCCUUGUCUAAUCAACAACCUGCGACAGAAAUUGGCGUACCGAAUACCAUAGGAUCUGAACCACUCUCCCUCCCGCGGCUCAAAAUAGUAGCUAUGGCGUCAAACAAAUGUGAUGCAGCCUAUAGAACUCCCUCUCUCCUCAAGACUACACGCAGAAUGCUGUCACCAGCACUCCUCACCACAGCCGACGUUCUUUGGGUCGGAUCACCUUAGCUGCAGAAAAUGAAUGAUCCCAAGCCGA